UCCGCCAUUCAUAUAAUUAACUUUUACCAUCUGUAACCUGCUCUCAUCACCACUUGCAGAUUAGGAUUUAAGAGGAGAUCAUUGAUAAUGCAAAACUACGAGUUUAAUAUUGAGGAUGACUUACCUCAAGUUAAUUUUGAAGAUUUGGACGCCUUGCUCAACUCACCUAUCCCCGAGUUCUUAGAAGAUAAACAAAGCUCAAAUGCCACUUUAUGCUUUGAUAAUGUCAAUCUCAAUCAUGCACAUAAUGAAGUCCCCUUGGCUUCUGACUCCUUGAAUGCCUCAAUAGUAAAUGUGACUUUUUCACCUCAUUUUCAACAAAGCUUACCACAAUCCAUCCAGGAUGUCAAUGGAGGUCAAGUGCAGGCCUUCUUUCCAGAUAAUAUUAUGUCAAUCCCAAUAUCAAUGCCCAUGUCAACAUCGAUGUUACCAUCAAUGCCUCUGUCAAAUAUUGAUUAUCAAAAAAAUACGACAAUGAGGCUUUAUAACCAGUAUAAAUAUUUUCGGCAGAUGGCUUAUGGCUCCACUAAUGCGCAGUUGUUGGGAGAUAGUCAUUCACGACAACAACAACAACAACAACAACAACAACAACAACUAUGCAAUAAUAUGUUACUUGGUGGACGUAACAAUUCAAUCUCACUCGCAUCAAACAUCACUCCUCAUGAAGCAUCAAUGCUCAAGAAUAAGAGUAUCUCUAUUGAAGAGAGGAAUGAGAAGAUCAAUAGAUACAAACAUAAAAGAAGCAAGAGAAAUUUCAAAAAGAAAAUCACGUACCGAUGUCGGAAAACUAUAGCAGAUAGCAGACCACGUGUUAGAGGAAGGUUCGCAAAGUUCGAAAAUUUAGAUCAAGAGAUAAUUAUAACUAACACCAACUGUCAUGAUAAUAAUGAGAAUACUAAGGCUGCGGUUAAUAAUAGAGAUUUAUUUGACUACUCAGAUAUUCUUGCUCCUAUUAUUGAUGUGGAUUCAUUAAACAACAACAAUACUCUGGAAAGAGCUUGUUAUCCCACUAUAGUGGGCGGUCGGCGACCGAUUAUAAUCCACGGUGUUCGACGGGUGGCGAUUGGAGUUGGUCGAAGGCAACAACGACCCGCGGUAGCUGCUACAGAAGACAGCUUGCAUCAGCAAGAGGCGGUGUCGGUCGAAGGUGAUGAUGGCACUAGGAAGCGACGAUUGUGGAACGUGACAGUGGUCGGAGGCGAUGCCAAACUAAUUUGUCCAAAGGCUGUGGCGGCCACAGUUGGCCGGAGCCGGUGA